AAAAAUAUAUACCAUGUUUUACAUAGCGAUAUGAGUUUCGAAGUGGAGCUGAAUUCUAUGGUCCAAUUACGCACUAUUUGGGGGGAUGAAUUUGACCUAACAUGUGAAUUGUCUCUGCUCACUGGUUGAUAUUAACAAGGGCCACUCCAAAUCACUGUUAAUUGCUGUUAAUGGAGUUGGAAAAAUAUCGCCACAGAUCAACUUUUGACUUACUAUCCCAAUGGAAGUCACGAGUCAACGCCGUCUGGUUUGGCCUGUAUUCCCUGCUAAUCAGACAAUAUCACUGCCUAUCACACUUCCAACUCGCAAGCUACCACAUCCUGGUCAUCAAUGGAAAACCUUCUUUCUCUGUUUCUCACUACUUUCACACUCGUUUCCUUCUUCAAAACCGCUUCUGCAGUCGAUCUCAUCGCUCAAACCCACUCCAUUUCAGAUGGAAAGUCCUCCUUGGUUUCCAAAGGUGGAAGCUUUAAACUGGGUUUUUUCUCUCCCGGCAAGUCCAAGAACCGCUACUUGGGAAUUUGGUACAAUAAUAUCCGAGAAGAAACAGUUGUUUGGGUGGCCAACCGAGACAAGCCGAUCAACGAUUCAUCUGGGAUACUUAAGAUGAACACCACAGGCAGCAAUUUUGUUCUUCUGGGUCAGAACAACAACUCUGUUUUUUGGUCUACAAACUCGUCCAAACAAGCUCAGAGUCCUAUACUUCAGCUUUUGGAUUCUGGGAAUCUUGUCCUGAGAGAUGAGAAAGAUGAAAAUGCACAGAACUACCUGUGGCAAAGCUUUGACUAUCCUUGUGACACAUUGUUACCGGGGAUGAAACUUGGAUGGGACUUGAGGACCGGCCUUAAUCGGCGGCUAACAUCUUGGAAGAGUGAAGAUGAUCCAUCCCCUGGAGACCUUACCUGGGAAAUGGAGCUUCAUAGCUUUCCUGAGCCAGUAAUGUGGAUGGGCUCAAAGGAAUUCUUGCGAAGUGGACCAUGGAAUGGUAUUCAAUUCAGUGGCAAACCCACAAAAUCACUUCCUCUUUUGAAGUUCAGUUUUAUCUCCAAUGAAGAUGAGGUAUACACGAUAAUCCACAUGGUAAACAAUUCUUUGAUUGGAAGAAUGGUUUUGAACAGGACGAGCAGCAGGUCUCUUCGCCAGUUCUUGAUAUGGUCAGAAACGGAUAAGAAAUGGACUCUCUAUGCAGGAUUUCCAAGAGACCAAUGUGAUAGUUACGGCAUCUGUGGUGCCAAUGGAAAUUGUGUCCUCAGUGCCUCACCGUUCUGUCAAUGUUUAGAGAGAUUCAGGCCUAAAUUGGAAGAGAAAUGGAACACAAAUGAUUGGUCUGAUGGGUGUGUUAGGAACAAGCCACUAAAGUACUGCCAGAUCAAUGAUCGGUUUGCCAAAUAUGAAGGGCUAAAGUUGCCAGACACCACACAUACUUGGAUCAAUAGGAGCAUGAAUCUCAAGGAGUGCAGAGCCAAAUGCUUGAGCAACUGCACAUGCAUGGCCUAUACAAACACAGAUGUUAGAGAAGGAGGGAGUGGCUGCGCCAUCUGGUUCGGUGAUCUUAUCGAUAUCAAACAGAUUCCCGGUGGAGGACAGUAUCUUUAUGUUCGGGUUUCUGCUUCAGAACUAGAGGCGAAAGAUGAGAAGUGGAUGGUUGGAGUAAUAGUUGCGGCUGCGGCUGCUUUAAUACUUGUAAUGCUUUUAGUUGGCUAUUACAUUUGGAGGAGGAGGAGGACAGACUUUGAAGGUGAAGGAAAUGAAGGACAAAAGGAAGACAUGGAGCUCCCAUCGUUUGACUUGUCGGUAAUAGCUAGUGCCACAGAUAACUUCUCACUUAGCAACAAACUUGGUGAAGGUGGUUUUGGACCUGUAUACAAAGGUAGAUUGGCAGAUGGACAAGAAAUAGCUGUGAAGAGGCUUUCAAGGACUUCUGGACAAGGAUUGAGGGAAUUAAAAAAUGAAGUAAUAUUAAUCGCCAAACUUCAACACCGAAAUCUUGUAAGGCUUCUUGGAUGUUGCAUUCAGGGAGCAGAGAACUUGCUGAUUUAUGAAUUCAUGCCAAACAAAAGCUUAGACUUCUUCAUUUUUGAUCAAACUCGAGGUAAACUGUUAGAUUGGCCUAAGAGGUUCAACAUUAUCGGUGGGGUUGCUAGGGGGCUUCUCUACCUCCAUCAAGAUUCCAGAUUAAGAAUUAUACAUAGAGAUCUUAAAGCAAGUAAUGUUUUACUUGAUACUGGGUUGAACCCGAAAAUCUCAGAUUUUGGGUUGGCUAGAACUUUUGGUGGAGAUGAAACUGAAGGAAACACGAACAGAGUAGUUGGAACCUAUGGUUAUAUGGCACCUGAAUAUGCUAUUGAUGGGCAAUUCUCCAUCAAAUCUGAUGUUUUUAGUUUUGGUAUAUUAAUGCUGGAGAUAAUAAGUGGAAAGAGAAGUAAAGGCUUCUAUCAUAUGAACCAAAGCCUUAACCUUAUUGGACAUGCAUGGAGAUUGUGGAAAGAAGGAAGGCCUUUAGAACUGAUUGAUGAAAAUAUUGGGGACUCUUGCAUUGAAUCUGAAGUGCUGCGUAGCAUCCAAAUCAGUCUCCUUUGUAUGCAAUUGCGUCCCGAGGACAGGCCGACAAUGUCAUCUGUAGUUCAGAUGUUAGGAAGUGAGCGUCCAUUACCACAGCCUACAGAACCUGGAUUUUGUUUAGGCCAAAAUACAGGAGAUUCUGCAUCAACUACACAACCGCCUUCUGCCAACGAAGUUACCAUUACGCUACUUGAAGGUCGAUAAGGAUCUGUUGAUCAUAUUAUCAUAAGCUUGCAACAUGCAGUUUUUGAUAUAUUGUAAUUUCAAUUUUAUUUUCUUGUUUCCUUGUGAUGAUUAAAAAUAGUAUUUGUUUUUGCUCAAAGGGACGCAAUAAGCGAGACAACCAUACAUGACAGUGGUUUAGUUGUA